AUGGCGUCGGUCAUCGACGGCAGGGUCGCUGGUGUCCCAGGCGAGAAACCAGCCAAAUCAACACAGCGCCGGUUUAUUACCAUCGUCCCCGUUGGCCGGGGUGAAUCGGGUGUUUGGCUUUCAGCACACAAGCUCUCUCCCAAAUCAGACGUGUAA